AUGGAACAAAGAGAGUCGAGCACGAAUGGGGUGAAAUACAGAGGCGUAAGGAAGCGUCCGUGGGGGAAAUACGCGGCGGAGAUACGUGACUCGGCUAGACACGGUGCUCGUGUGUGGCUAGGGACGUUUAACACAGCGGAGGACGCGGCUCGGGCUUAUGAUAGAGCUGCUUUCUCCAUGAGAGGACACAGGGCCAUUCUCAAUUUCCCUCACGAGUACCCGAUGAUGAGGGAUGGUUCAUUUGGAGGUGGCGAGAAUGCGGUGGCUCCUUCGUCGUCGUCGGGGUUUAGAGGAAGAGACGGUGGUGGCGAGAAGGAAGUGAUUGAGUUUGAGUAUUUAGACGAUAGUGUAUUGGAAGAACUUCUAGAAUGUGGAGAGAGUUAUACUUAUAACCAAGACGUUUGGAACGACGCAAACCGUUAG